UUUAGAAAAGAUGACAGAAAAAUUACGAAGAUAUGAGAAAAUCGAUUUCUUAGGAGAAGGACAGUUCGCUACUGUAUAUAAAGCCAAAGAUGUUGAAACGUCUAAAAUUGUUGCUGUGAAAAAGAUUAAAGUUGGAAGUCGUGCAGAAGCUAAGGAUGGUAUAAAUAGAACUGCAUUACGUGAAAUUAAAUUACUGCAAGAAUUAAACCAUGAUAAUGUGAUAGGUUUAUUAGAUGUUUUUGGCCACAAGUCAAAUGUUUCUUUAGUAUUUGACUUUAUGGAUACAGAUUUGGAAGUAAUAAUAAAGGAUAAUAAUAUAGUUUUAACAUCUGCAAACAUUAAAGCAUAUAUGAUUCAAACUUUACAAGGUUUAGAUUAUUUACAUUAUAAUUGGAUACUUCACAGAGAUUUAAAACCAAACAAUUUACUUGUCAAUGCAGAAGGUGUCUUAAAAAUAGGUGAUUUUGGUUUGGCUAAGUUUUUUGGAUCACCUAAUCGAAUAAAUACUCAUCAAGUAGUAACAAGAUGGUAUAGAGCACCUGAAUUAUUGUAUGGUGCAAGAUUAUAUGGAACUGGAAUUGAUAUGUGGGCAGUUGGUUGUAUAUUAGCAGAACUUUUAUUACGUGUACCAUUUUUACCUGGGGAAUCUGACCUAGACCAGCUUACUAGAAUAUUUCAAACAUUGGGCACACCUACUGAGGAAACAUGGCCAGGAAUGACUGAACUACCAGAUUUUAUUCAAUUUAAACCUUUUCCUGGUAUGCCAUUGAAACAUAUAUUUACUGCUGCUGGUGAUGAUCUCCUAGAUUUGAUUGCUAGUCUGUUAAAUGUAAAUCCUUUGGAGAGGUGUACAUGUGACCAAGCUCUUCAAAUGCCAUACUUCAGCAAUAAACCAGCACCAACUCCUGGACCUAGAUUACCUCUUCCUACAUCUGUUAAACGUCAACCAGAAGAGAAACCUAGUCUAAAGAGGAAAUUACUAGAAUCGAUGGAUGGUGCUUCGCUUGCGAAAAGAUUACAGUUUUAACUAUAAAUGUAAUUAGAAUCAAUUGUAAAUUAUUACAAAAGGUGAUUUAUUGUUACUGUUCUCCUUAUUAGUUUAACAAUAAAUUACCAAUAUAAUAUGUAGUUAAAUA